GUCAGUUUUGCUUAGAGCUUUGAGCCAUCAGGAGGUGUUUCGUGAUAAAGGCCAAAUAUAAAAUUUGUUAUACUUGUGUAUAUAACAAAAGUAAUAGUCGAGUGCAAUAUGUUAAAGUUAAAAAAUAUGCUAUUGAUUCUGUUAGGCUGCAACAUGUUGCUAGCCAUCUACGCAACUGGUAAUAAUAAACAGCAACAACAGAACCAAGAAACCUGGGAGCAAGACCUUUCGGACACUUUUAAAAUUGAGGGCAGCGAUCAGGGUAUACAAAAGGUUAAUCUGAAGUGCGGUGCCAAUUCGAUGAAUGUAAUGUUGGAGACUGAGAAACCAUUUACUGGUGUUAUGUACACACGUGGCAGCUUCUACAAACAAACGGCCCCGUGUUUUAUGAAGCCUACUUCGAACCAGGGUACACGCACAUUGGAGAUGAACUUUCAGUUAGACCAGUGCCAGACUCUAAAGGAUGGUGAGCUUUAUACGAACAUUGUAGUCAUACAAAACGACCCGGAACUCAUAACGCCUGGCGACUCGGCUUUCUCGCUGGAAUGUGAUUUCCGUCAACCACGCAGUCUGGAUGUUGAAGCGAGCAUGCAGGCCAGGGACAGAGUUGCGACCAAAUCCAAAAUAACACUCACAAGUCCUGAUCCCGCGGCCCCAAUGGACAAUCUACACAAUUCGGUGUUUAGCAACAGUGAUACAGUAGAAUACAUACCAAAGUUUUCCAAACCAAAUGAAACCAUACGCCUGGGUACGGUUGAGGAAGUGUCUCUACCGCUGGGUCAUCGAAGAGAUGAGCUUUAAACAUAGUAAACACUACCACCACAAACAAUACAAAAACAUAUCACAAUUAAAUAAUUAAAACUACAGG